AUGUCAUCACAGCAACUCGUCGAUUGUCCGAUCUGUAGCAAGCCCGUCAAGGAGCUCAACAUCAAUCGACACAUAGAUUCUGCCUGCCAAUUUCUCACCGGUCAUUCACCUCCUCCAACCCAGCAAAUUGCACUAAAAUCUACUCAGGUCGCAAACUUCUUUCAGACGCCGGCUGCCAAGCGUAAUCUAGGUGUUUCUUCCUCUACGCAGUCUGGAAGUACUGCUGCACCAACGACUCCCUCUCAAACCCCCACUGCAACCCAGAAAAGACCUCUUGAAGAUGUCAAAGCAGAAGAUGUCCAGCCACUACCCAAGAAAGCCAAAAAUGUCAAUCUGGAAAAGGCUGCCCCGCUGGCUGAGCGAAUGCGACCGCGAUCACUGGAUGAAGUCCAAGGUCAAGAGCUCGUAGGCCCAAAAGGUGUCUUGCGCUCACUGAUCGAAUCAGAUCGUGUUCCGAGCAUGGUGCUAUGGGGUGGCCCUGGGACCGGCAAAACCACUAUUGCUCGACUGAUUGCAAAGACGGCAGGUACUCGUUUCGUCGAGAUUAAUAGUACCUCUUCGGGCGUCGGUGAGUGCAAGAAGUUGUUCGCUGAGGCUCGUAACGAGCUUUCUCUCACUGGCCGGAGAACAAUCAUCUUCUGCGACGAGAUUCAUCGUUUCAGCAAAAGUCAGCAAGAUGUUUUCCUAGCUCCCGUGGAGAACGGUACCAUCACCUUGAUCGGUGCCACGACGGAGAAUCCGAGCUUCAAGGUCAUCAACGCGCUUCUCUCGCGAUGUCGCACAUUCACUCUUGCAAAGCUGGAAGAUGAGCAUAUCACUGCUAUUUUGAAGCGUGCUCUGACCCUCGAACCUCCUACUACGUCACAUGCGGUCGAGCUGUUGGAAGGAGACGAUCAUGCACUGCUCAAGUAUCUUGCAAGCUUCGCCGACGGAGACGCACGCACGGCAUUGAAUCUUCUCUCUCUCGCUCUAGACCUGGCUAGUACUCCUGAGACUACUGUUGAGAUCAUAAAAGAGAACUUGACGCGAACGUUAGUAUACGACCGUCAGGGAGAUCAGCACUACGACACAAUCAGUGCAUUCCAUAAAAGUGUUAGAGGCAGCAAUCCUGAUGCCGCGCUCUACUACCUCGCUCGAAUGCUACAGUCGGGCGAGGAUCCUGUGUACAUCGCACGAAGGAUGGUAGUCAUGGCUAGCGAGGAUAUUGGGGUAGCCGACAAUACCCUCCUGCCGCUCGCAACAGCUGCUUACACCGCCGCUAAGGAAAUUGGCAUGCCGGAAUGCAGAAUCAAUCUCGCUCAUGCAGCAGUAGCUCUUGCCGAAGCGCCAAAGUCUACUCGUUCAUACCGAGGACUUGGCGCUGCAUAUGCUGCUUUAUCAGAGCCCGGCAUCGCUGGUCUCCCUAUACCCAUUCACCUCCGCAAUGCUCCAACGAGAUUGAUGAAGGAACUUGGAUACGGCAAAGAAUACAAAUACAAUCCCGACUACAAGGACGGAAAGGUCAACCAAGAAUACUUCCCUGAUAAGCUCCAAGGCAAGGUAUUUCUUCCAGACAACCAUCUGGGGGAGAAGAUUGACCCUGAUUUACCUCCGGACGACCUACAAGAGCAGAGUCAAGCACCUGAGGGGGACGAGUCUGAGGAGCGUUCAGACGAUGGCGAUGAAGCUUUUGACGAUAAUGGCUACAAUGACAAUGGAGGAGAAGACGACUUCGAGGAUGGUGAAGAGCGCAUACUCAAUCCUGACGGUGAAUGA